CUUACUUCUGUCCAUAGAUGAUUAUCCAUCCUACCUACAUACUCUGACUGGCUGCGAUACUAUCCGCGCCUAUGCCGUGGAUUAUCUACCCCAGCAACUUGGUCAUCUCUGACUGAGUCAUAGGGCGAUCCGAUACCGGCUCAGCAACAUAUCAACUCGCAUCUGGUCCGGAUACUAUGACAGAGCAGGAACAAGCCAAGCUCUCUCUGACUAUCAUUCUCGAGCCCAGUAUUUGCAGGAUAUAUCAACUUACUCCAUUUUCCUGCCUGAUGGGCCCCACUGGCAGCUUCCAGAUCGUCCCAGCUCAAACUGCCGAAGACUUUGCAACAGCUAGGACAUUAUUUAGGGCGUACGCUGAAUCGCUCGGUAUCGACCUCGCUUUCCAGAGCUUCGAAUCCGAACUACAGAACCUACCUAGCCAGUACGGUUCUCCGCAUGGAGCGUUGCUGCUAGCUUACGGAAUUGAUCCCAAAAUUGCCCUUGGCUGCGUGGCCGUCCGUCCACUCGUCAAGAAAUCCCACGAAGCCGCGCAACCUCAAAACGAAGUUCGAUCAUGCUGUGAAGUGAAGCGGCUGUAUGUGUCUCCUGAAGCACGGGGGAUGGGUCUCGGAAAGGCACUUGUGGAUGCAAUCAUCCAGAGGGCCAAGGAAUUGGGUUAUCGUGAAAUGAGACUCGAUACGCUGCCGUCCAUGACUGGGGCGCAGCAACUCUAUAAACGCGCUGGGUUUGUCGAAAUACAAGCCUACUACGAGACGCCUCUUGAAGGGACUCUGUUUCUCGGAUUAAAUCUUAGUUGAUUUGAUUUUGUCAGGGUUAUGCGAGCUAUGGACUGUAUCAUCAAGGAAGCAGGGUCGCGGUGUUAUUUGGCAAAGUACAGUAAUAAACAGUUCAUCCAGACUCAGACUGUUGAGCUUGAUAUGAUAAUUGGUCACCCACUGCAGUUUUCGCUGCCUCGUGCCAAAGAAGGGAAGUCAUCAUAGUCUGGGAAAGAGUUGAUGGAAUAACCGUCAUGAGCCCGACAUUAGAGCUCACAGGCAGCUACUCCAUCCGAUGUGAUGAUUUGAUAGAUCUGGAAACAAUACUUUGUGUUCCGUUCUGUGUAGGUAAACUUGAGUGCUCAAAUCUGAGCUCACUCAGUGUUGUUGAUGAAAAACUGGGAAGC